CUCAAUCUUUCUUCAGCCUCCAUUGUUAACCCUCCCAUUUCUUGCUAAUAGCAAAACGACAACAAUAUCUCAUUACGUUUUAAAUAUAAUAUACAGUAGCUGAUCGAGUAUAUAUAAUUAAACAGGAAAAAAAAUGCAGCUGAUACCAACAUGGCUAGUAUCUUUAUUGUCAACUUCAUUCUUCAACAAUUGCCCUAGCCAUCAAGAUUCUCCGCGUAACGAAUGCAAUAUGUUUUGCCUCGAUUGCGAGCACGAUGCGUUUUGCUUUUACUGUCGAUCUUCUGGACAUAAAGAUCAUUUUGUUAUCCAAAUAAGGAGAUCGUCGUAUCAUGAUGUUGUUAGGGUUGCAGAGAUUGAGGAUGUUUUAGAUAUCAGUGGAGUUCAAACUUAUGUUAUAAACAGUGCAAGGGUUGUUUUUCUAAAUCAGAGACCACAGCCUAAGACUAGUACAAGCAAAGGAGCAGUUUCUCAUCUAUGUGAAACAUGUGGAAGAAAUCUUCUGGACCCUUUUCGUUUUUGUUCUCUUGGAUGCAAGGUUGAAGGAAUAAAGAAAAAUGGGGAUGCAAACUUUAACUUAACCACAAAGGAGGAAACGGAGGAAAGAAGAUUAGAAUCAAAGAAAGAAGAAGAAGAAGAAGAAGAAGAAGGAGAAUUGCGUGUAGCAAGCCAUCAAGACAUGUGUGGAAAUAGAAGAAGCACCAAUUCAAGAAGAAGAAAAGGCAUUCCUCGCAGAGCACCUUUUGCCUCCUAGUAAUUAAUUAAUUAAUUAAUUAAUUACUUUAUAUUAAAUGAUUUAAUUUGUAAGUCCAGCUCAUUCCUCACAAACCACCACGUGGGGAGUUAUUGCUUAGACAAAAUUUGCAAAACAGGAGAGUUUUUUUAAUUGUUAUU